AUGCCCCUGAGAUCCGAUAAUCAGGAAACACAACAGCAUCAACAUCAAUGCCUUACCGAGACCCUUCCUCGUCGGAGCAACUCCGUCAGUUCACUUGGUUCGGAUGUUGUGCCAACUCGUGUGGCAAGACAAAAACGUCUUCGUCUUAGCGGAGGUGUCUCAUCAGGCACUUCUGUGACAUCGGAUAUUCAAAAUCCACCACGAAAAUCCCGUCGAUACCGAUCUUGCGCUGAUGGCGUCGCUGAUAAUUUGGCUGACACUGAAACCCCCCCAAAGGUUAUGUGCAACCCCGUUUUCAUCUCAGACCACCCGUCCAGUCCAGUGAAGUGCUUUUCAGAUCAUGUAGAUUCCGAUUCAAAUUCGUGCAUGGAAGACCUCAAGACGGUGGUCGAAGUAGCUUCUGUGCAGGAGGAGGUUCGUGUCGACGAUGAUAUGUCUGGAAGUCCAACUUCAGAAAGUAACGAUGAGGCAAACAAUAGUGAAACAGAAGACGAGCCAGUUAUUAAACUUCCUUCAUCGACGUUUCAGGAUUCAGAGCCCGAGGCGAAUUCUACUAGCCGUUCCUCUUUCUGUGAGAGUGUUGGCGUUAGCCACGCUGACACCGUUCAGAGAUCUCUAUCUUUCACAUCCACACCCUCUGUUCAACGAUCAAACAGCUGUGAUGCCUGUUCCCAUCCCUCCACCUCUUCCUCUGCUUUGCCUUCGGACGCAUUUAGGCAACAGGUUGAUGCCCCUUGCCCAAAUACUCUCCUCCCAAAAGCCUGUCUUUCAUCAUUUUCCUCUGCCGCUUCCCUUGUUUCCACUGUUUUGGAACCCGUUUCUUCUCCACCCUCUCCACACGAACCUACUCAGCAACUUCAACACCGUGGCGAACUGACUGAUGUUCCUAAACGAGGUAAGCGGAAACGCGAGAUGCACCGUUUGCGCAACAGUUCCAAGAAGGCCAUGAUUGAAUCUGCAAAUGGCGCUUCUCUUGAACUCCACGUCUACCCUCUGCGCUCGAGAAUUCGACAAGAACAACUUCGUAAGCAAUGGGAGGAGAUGCGAAACGCACCACGAAAGCUGGACGAUCUUCCAGUCGAAGUUAUGCUACGUAUUGUCCAGUACUUGAGCAUUCAAGACUUAUUUCGUGCGCAGCGUGUAAAUAAGCGUCUGCGAUCUGUCGCACUAAUGUACCUGCUGCAGGUCAAGCGUGUCAACUUCAGCAACGGCCUCCCGUUCGCCUUCCUCUCCGAUUGCCUAGAUGACGCUGCACUCAGACGCAUUCUCUCUCGAACGCCUGAGGUUACGCACAUUCUCGGUUUUUACCCUCGCCGCAUAUACGCAGGCGGUGUCCAGCCAGCUUUACCUUCACAAAACGCAUCAGGACGCACACUUACUUAUGCAGGCAUCAUCGACAUCUUUCGGUCGUGCAGCAAGCUGCGCUCAGUGGAGCUGAUGGAUGUUGAAUUGAUGAGCCAAUUGGUGCUUCGUCUGCCUCAUGUGAAGUUCCACGGAAUGUUCCGCAAUCGACCGGAUAGUUGGGAUUCCGAAUACGCUAUUCCCAUGCCAAGCGAGCCGGAAGCCGAAUCUUCGCGAAACGGACCUGCGGUAGUGGAUCACCACUUGCAACAGCGCCUCUCCACCAGUCCGUACUUCAGUUGUGUCAACUCUCUGCUGACUAACUGCAAUAUGGGCAUGACAUCGUCGAGUUCUAUGGACCUCGCGCAGGCGGCAGCUGCGUUUGUGAACCAAGCGGCUGUUCGUGGAGCGCGACUCGCGGAUUGGUUUGAACCGAUUAACGAAGCACCACUUGGUCAGGGGUCUCCCUCAGUGCACUACUCUCACUUUGCGCCAUCGCCGGCCCAGCGAGUGCUUAUUGCCGCCCAACCGCCGCCUGUAUCACAGCCGGGGCUCAUUUCACAAGAACCCGGGCCGCCUGCGUUCGCCGAUCCCGAUCCAAUGGUCGCUCUCGCGAUAGCCGCCGCCUUUGUUCCGCCCGAAAACAUUUUAGGUCGACUACAGCUGGUCGAUUUUCACGAACGAGUCAGUACUCCUGCUCUGACUCGUUUGGCCGACGCGGUUGCCGCGGGGUCGCAGCGUGCUCGUCGUGGACGGGGGAGUCAGCAAAGACGAGGACAGGCACCGCCGCCGCCGCCGGCGCCACCGCAACCAGGCCUCCCACAAGUACCACUCUUCUUGUACCAACAGCAACAGUAUCAUCAUCACCAUCCAGACUCUGGCGUCCAGGGCCUCGUCUCGCCCCUGCCUUCGUUGCGCCAUCCACCCCCGGUCAUCCUCCCGCCGGUCAUAUCGAACCUGACCAAAUUGGACCUCGUCUCGGUGGCAAUUUCAGCCCUCCCGAAAUUAGACAACGUCAAGUACCUCCACUUGAAAUGGGUUGUCUUCACAAUGUCCGACCCGUUCGGCUCAUUCCAGGCAAACAAGCUGCAGUCGUUUGUGAUGAACAACUGCAUCGGUCCGCAGCGUUUCGUGCGUUUUGUGCGCAUUUUCGCCGUCCUCACAAGGGCCCCUCAACUCACGCGGCUGGAGCUUGUCGGGACUCGUUUUAUUGACGGUCUUAUUGAGCACUUGGUCGACCGAGAGGAGCCGCCUGCCUACUGCUUCCGCAACCUCCAGCGUCUCGUCUUGGCGGGCAACAAGGAUGCCACCGAAAUUGACGUGGGUCUCCUCCUGGUGGCCAGCCAGCAGUCGCUCUCCCACCUGGCGCUCCAGAUCUGGCACACCCGCAACUCCCUCUUCGAGGCCCUCUCUCAGGCGGGGGUCCGCCUCGUGCGUCUUGAAAGCCUCAUUUUGGGCUCUCUAGCACAAGCCCGUUUGUUGAGGCGACUAGUUGCCCCGCUUUCCGAUGGCAUCCGAACCUCUUUCCCGGCGUGUUCCCCCUCUUGUGUAUUCGAGUUGCGCCACCCCCUCCCCCCGCCAUGUGCAGGUGUCAGUAACUCAGGCGAUAGCCCAACCUGUUCUCUCCCGUUAGUUAAGGUAGCCCUCAGCUCGCCCCUGUCAAUUGCAGAGAAAGUUGCGUCAUAUGGUCUAAUCGUGUCACAUGAUGCCACAAUCACCGGCACAGCACAUUUUCGCGGUGGAGGGGGUACGUGCGAGUGCACCUCUGUUUCUCUCCUCGUGACGCUGGGCUAUUUUUAUCACCCCACGCCUGCUCCGGCCUCUAUCGUAGCUCGGGAAGGAGGCUCUGGUGAAGUUCUUCGUGUGCACAGCCUCCCAGUAAGUCUCACGCACACGCCCCCGGCACCUCUCAGGACAUCGAAUUUGCGGACAGUAGGAGUCGCAGAAUCGCAACCUCUGGUGUGUAGUGGCUUGAGACUGCGCUGUACGGUGCCAGUUAGCUGGAUGAAUCAGUCUCUCUGUGAGGUCGUGCGUUCGCAUCAGGUCGACAACGUGACCCCGGUGUCGAACGAGGGUUACCAAGAUCCCUAUCGGGCGCGUCUCACCGCCUCUGAGUUGGCGAGUCUUGAAUUGGUCGACUCCGUGGAGAGCUUGGUGCCGGUGUGCAACUUCACCAAUCGCGGUCUGACGCUGGUUUUCACGGUGUGUCCACGUCUUACUAGUUUGACACUGCGCCACGCUCCCUUCGUCACGCAGUUUCGCUUCGAAGCCACACCGUCGUCUGUGGACUCCGAACAGGCGGUGAAUAAUGAGGAGACGUCUGGCGGCGGUUCCGCGGAAGGCGCCGACGAGCCCAGGCCCAUCCACCACACCUGUCUGCCGUUGAGAUCGCUGACACUGGAGAACUGUCCCAAUGUGGGAGUUGAGGUGAGUUACCAUCGUCAGUUCGCGCCCACGGAGCUUGAGAGGAUAAUCUCAACAGGCCAUCCCUUCGGACUGCUUGAUUCGCUCAUCCUCCGCGACAUGUUUCCUCUGCGUCGAGAGAUCUCACCUUCGUCGUCAAACUUCAUGAACGAAGAGCCUGCCGUCUGGUCAGAGCGUUGGAGUGCACCGUCGACGCCGAAGGAUGAGUCGCCUGCGCGACCAGAGUCGCGCAAUUGGAAGAAACUCGGUUUGUUGCUGUCCAUCGCCGAUCAUCUGUCGGCCAGACGGAUCGCCUUCGCUCCGCUGGCGCCCACGGGUGUCGCGCUUGGCUCGUCGGCCCGUGACGUCACGCAUGUGGCCACUGUUGGGAUGCGGCUUCUUAACCUACCCGUCAAGCCGUUUGACACCUUUUUCACACUGCGCACCCACACCUACUUGAGUUCUCUUCUCCACCUUGACGGGUCCUGCGGACACUCCUCUGGUCGGCCAACUGCCUCGCGAAUAUCCCGUCUGAUUUUUGACACGGAGGCCCUGACAACGCAAAACACCACCUUCACCGACAACAACGACGCCGACGACACUACAUGCGCAGACGUUGCCGACUUCGUGUCUCGCUGCACACAGACGUGUGUCUGCGGUCUGCUGGAGUGGGACUUCGUCCAGCGAAUGCACCUGUUACCGUCCAAACAGACCCCAAGGCAUGCCUCCACUUCUGAACCGGCUCGGGCACUUCCCUGGGAGCAUGGCCUCCACGCGCCGCACGCACAACUGCCCCAACAGCAGCAACUUGGGGGCCCCCUGGCAUUCCACCCGUUUGCGCCGUCGCAACAGCACCAGGUACUGUACCAGCAGAUGACCAACUCAGAGUGGGCUCGCGGUGUGGUGGCCAGCCCCGCCUUCGCCCACCUCCGAGAUACUCAAGCUCCAUUCGUCAGACCCCUUUGUGGACCUGGGGAAUGCCCCGGGUGUGCGUCGGGUGUCGAGAACCCACCGUCAGCAACGCGGGCGGAGUCAGACUUGAAGCACGCUCCUCGUGUGUGGAUUGCCCGGGACGCCUGUGUGGACACAAGCGAGCUCCGCUGCUUCACCGGCCCGAAGCCUUGUGUUCUCACCCUCUGGCAACCAGUGGUGUCUCCCUUCAGCUGCCUCACCACUCUUCACUUCGAAAAGGUUGGCAUCUCUCACUUGGUGCUGUCGGGUGUGCCAAGGCUGAAAAACAUCACUCUGGAGAACUGCCCCGCCUUAGCGGCCAUCCUGGUCCACCCCGUGGAGUCAGCUGUGGCUCCCUGCGUCCGUGACCCAGUUCCGUGCCUCCGGCGUGUUCGCAUUCUGCGCUGUCCCAAAUUCGCCAUCUACCAUUGGCUCUACACCGCAGCCAAACUCUACCCCCACCACGACGAUAAUCUCUUCAUCACGUUUAGGCCGUUUGGACAGUACAACGAAGAAGUCGAGUCAGCCCUGUGGAACCACGCCCACACCGUCCACGUCAUGGUGUCGCACGAUUACUCGCGUGACAAGAGCGAACGUGCCAUGGAGGAGUCCCACUCAGCCCUCGAUCAGCGCUUCCGUGAAGUCAUGAACUUCUCCGAUGCUCUGCUUCGACGCGACCUUCCGCCCUGCCUAAACUCCGCGGGUGCAAACGAUCGCGUACCACUAAUUCGGACGGAAUACGGACCCGAUUGGGACUAUUCUACGGAUAUCUCGUGGAUCAACAGUGCAAUGCUGAACCCUCAGAUGGAACCAUCGUUGAGCAGUAACGCACAGCUGUCACUGCCGGUGGUUUCGACUGGGCCUCUGCCCCCCACAACCUCUGAUAACAUCUGCCAGAUUUACUGCUUCAUGCGGGAGUAUCAGAAUUACUUCAAGUACUGCCGUCGAGGCAUUCAUCUGCAUGUUCAGUAUCGUGAUGUGCACGGCGAGGAGACUGUCACUGGCAGCCCCGAGUGUAGUGAUAACGAUGCCAAUUGUGAUAUUGAUAGUAGCGCUCGCGAUGACGACGACGAUGAUCGUGAACCCGCUCCCUCCACCUCCUAUCUCCACUGGCCAUACACCGAAAACUACCUUCACGCGGUUCACCCAGCCGACGACUUGAAUGUCUGGGGAGAUGGGUUCAACGAGUCGUUGACAUCUGUCCUUCCUCCGCAUAUUCCACUCCCAAGGGAAGCCCCUGUGGUGUCUCCAGCUCUUGGCCAGGCACUGCUCACCAUCCCGAGGAAGUGGCGAAAACGCUCGCUCAGCGACACCUCCUCGCCCGCUGGACUUCGCAAUCCGAAGCGUCCUCGCAACGUCAAGUAG